AUGAAUUUUAAUCUUGAAAUGAGACAAGAACGUGACGCAAAUGUGAACGAAAUUAAGCGCAACGAUAAAACACCGCAACUUAAUCGUCAUCUUGAUUGUGCCGUGGAUGAUUCAAGGCGUUAUCGUGACCGCAACGAUGAUAGCAAAUUUCGAAAUUACUGGAAAAGGCGAAAAGUUGUGCCUUAUAGAGAGUGUUCAUCAUUAACUUUUAUUGUUGUUAUGACAGUGGUGGGUGGAUAUUCUUAUUACAAAACAAGAAUGGAGAGAAAUUAUUCUCCACCACCGUCACUGUCAUUAAAGACGACUCAAAGUAAUAAAUUGGUAAUAUUCUUUGUCCAGUAA